AUGACGCCUAAAAGAAAGAUUGGUAAGUCAGAUAUUAAAUCUAAGAGAACAAAAGCGAGUGAAGAUGAUUUGUUGUCGGUUAAAGAGUUGAAAAAGUUGAGCAAUGAAAUAAAUGAGGCAUCUAAGUUUAAUAAUUUCAUCACUUUAAUAAAUCAAUUAUCAAUAGUCAAAUCAAGAUUAACAAGUAAAGAAGAUCAUGAAAUAGAGUCGACAGGUAGAAAUUUAUCAGUUUUAAUAUUCAAGAAUUUCCAAACUUUAUUUAAAAAUGGUUUAUUUAAGAAAAACUCCUCAGAUUCAAAUGACCAGGCGCUAAUUAAAAAAUGGAUAUUUGACAAAUAUUUAAAUUUCAAGAAAUUGACUUGUCAGUUUCUUACAGAUAAAUUAUCAUUCGACUCAUCCUUACAAUUGGAUUUAUUAGAUAUCUAUCUCAAUUUAAUUAAACUUGAAAAUAAUAAUGAUUCACAAUUUCCUAUCCAAACUUAUAAACAACUAAUUGAAGCUUUAUUAACGAGUAAAAAUGGUGAAAUAUUAUCGAAUGGGAUAACUGACAACUUUAUAGUCAUUGAAUUUAUCGAAAAAUUUAAACCCCACUACGAUUUGCAAUUUUAUUUUUUUCAAAAUAUACCAGAAAAGCCAAAUAAAUUACAAAUUUCCAACUUUUUAACCAUUGUAAGAAAUGAGUUAAGUUUACAAGAUGAUUUAAAUAAUGUUGUGACAUUUUGUAAACAUUUAUCACCAAAUAUAUACAAACCGCAAGUUUUUAAAUCAAAUUUUCAAAAAUGUAUAACUACCAUUUUAUCAAAUCAGUUGUCCACACCCCAAAUCAAAUCCGUGUUAUCAAUAUUACAUAAACGUAUUAUUCCAUAUAUGUCACAACCACAACAAUUAAUGGAUUUUCUCACUGAUUGUUACAAUACAAAUGAAGAAAUUAUUAUCCCAAUCCUUGCACUUAAUUCAUUAUGGGAAUUAAUGAAGAAUUAUAAUUUAGAAUAUCAGGAUUUUUAUACAAAAUUAUAUUCAUUAAUUACUCCAAAUUUAUUAUAUACAAAAUAUAGAUCAAGAUUUUUUAGAUUAUGUGAUUUAUUUUUAAGUUCAAGUCAUUUAUCAGCAAAUUUAAUAGCAUCAUUCAUAAAAAGGUUAAGUAGAAUUUCACUAAUUUCAAGUGGUCCAGGUGUAGUUAUCAUAAUUCCAUUUAUUUACAAUUUAUUGAAAAGACAUCCAACAUGUAUGAUUAUGAUUCAUAAUACAAAUAAUUCAAAAGAUGAAUUUAAUAAUUUAGAAAAAGAUCCAUUAUUAACUAAUGCUAUAAAUUCAUCAUUAUGGGAAUUAAAUUCUUUAACUUCACAUUAUCAUCCAAAUAUAGCUACUUUAUGUAAAAUUUUCGGUGAACCAUUUAGAAAACCAAAUUAUAACUUAGAAGAUUUCUUAGAUUGGAAUUAUGUAACAUUAUUAGAAAGUGAAAAUCUGAGAAAAUUUAAAGAAAAAGCAACUGCUUUAGAAUUUGAACAAUUUGACAGUUUACUAAAAACUGAUGAAUCAAAAGAGUCUGAUAAUAUAUUUUUAGAAAAUUGGAAAUUAGUUUGA